AAACGGAACAUUUCGGCCGGAACUCACUCCUAUUUCUAUGAGUUUAUUACUUAUUUUACACACUGUAUGCCUCAUUUGACACGUGACUCAUGCCCGCGAUGCGUCGUCCUCUCUAUAAAAUCGGGGCACCCUUAACCGGGAAUGAAAACUCCGCUUAAAUCCCCGGCAUUCGAUCUACCUCUUCAUCCUCCUUCGUCGCAGCCGUAGACAGCGGCACCGGCGUCAAUGGCGGUGAAGUCGUCACUUUCUUCAGCUCCGCUGUUCCGCUUCCGCCGACCCGUAUCGUAUUUUUCCCUUUUCUCCCGAAACUCGUUGAAGCUCAGUUGGAAAAGAAGCUCGCCGAGUUACGUGGGCGUUCGAGCUGCUGUUGGAAUCCCUGGUUCCGAUGGACCCGUCUUGAAGGCAUCUACAGAUGCGGCAUCUGCGAUCGAUUUCCUGACGCUUUGUCAUCGUUUGAAGACAACUAAACGAAAGGGUUGGGUUAAUCAUGGAAUUAAGGGGGCCGAGUCAAUUGCAGAUCACAUGUACCGCAUGGCAUUGAUGGCAUUGAUUUCCGGGGACCUACCAGGUGUAAAUAGGGAAAGGUGUAUCAAGAUUGCUAUUGUGCACGAUAUUGCAGAAGCUAUUGUUGGUGAUAUCACCCCCUCGGAUGGAGUGCCCAAGUCCGAAAAAAGCAGACGUGAGCAGAUUGCUCUGAGUGAAAUGUGUGAAAUUCUUGGCGGAGGGAUGAGGGCUGAUGAAAUAAAAGAACUCUGGACAGAAUAUGAGAAUAAUUCUUCCAUUGAGGCUAAACUAGUGAAGGAUUUUGACAAAGUGGAAAUGAUUCUUCAAGCAUUGGAAUAUGAAAUGGUGUUAUAGGAGAUGUUUUUUUUUAAUUGUUAAAUUUAUUUUUGUGUUCCCUAGCAUUGUAUAAGGGCCCCAUUAAUUUGAUUUAGAGAAAGAUUAUAUAUGGAACUUAUUUGUUGAUUUUCAUAUUUACCUUUCUCACAAUGAAACUUU